AUGUUAACAGAAGAAGAAAUUAAUUUACGUUACAAAAAUCUCGUUUUAUGUUUUCAUCCCGAUAAGACGGGUCAACCUAAUGCCCUUCAAGUCUCAACAACGGUCGAUAAAAAAAUUAGUACAGAUUUAAUGCUCAAUGCAGAUCGCAAAUUGGUUCGCUAUCAAAUACCAGAAGAAGAGAUUUUACGAGUCCAAAAUCAAUUAGCUGAUAAAGCAAUUAGGACGGUUGGAGUGGGUGAAGUAUAA